AUGGCCCUUCUUGACCUGCCACUAGAGCUCCUCAAUCUGGUUCUCAAGGCUGUAUGGCCCGACGAUAUCGAGAAUGCCUCCAUGACUUGCCGCUUGCAGCAAACCCUAGCCAUUCCUCACGUCAACAAGCACAAGAACUUAAGAAGCCAAUAUGGUUGCCUCGAUCUGUUCCUUCGAGAAAACAGUUCAGUCAUGCCACAUCAAUCGCCAACAACGCUUCUUCAUACUCGCAACCGCUCCAUACUAAAGCAGCACAACGGCUUCCGGGGUCUGCUGCACGCCUCGCCUUACCUGUCACAGCAGGAGGCUGAUGAAUGGCAGAAGCCUAUCCUGCAUGGGAAUGAAGGCGCACUAUGUGCUCUGUUACUCUCGGUACUUCCGAACCUCCAGCAACUAUAUCUCUGGUACAAUCUACAAUCAGAUAUGGUCUACUUGAAAGGCAUGAUCAACCGCAUUGCAAAAGCAUCCUGUGGACCAAAGAUGUAUGUCAAUCGAUCCAAAGAGAUCCCUAGCAUCAAAAACAGCACUUAUCCUCAUGCCUUGCGUAAACUCACUACGCUUGGCCUGCAGCGCCAAUGCGGGCUGAACGGGACUGAGAUUGGGGAUGACUACGACCUCUUGUUGCAUUUCAUAAAUCUUCCAUCCCUAAGCUCUUUCAUCGGCGGGAUUGGUCCGGAGUCCACGCUGCGCGCUACUUGCGCCGCUAGUCCUCAGCAACCUGAAUACACUUCCCAUGAGAUCCAGCGACGACAUCCCUACCCAUACCUCCCCUACGGCGCCACACUAACCGCUUAUGUCAUCAAGGUGUUCAACCAAGACGACGCGGCCCCCUGGUUCAAGAGAUGGCAGAAUCUGUUCCGUACGGCUCCUUGGUUCCCGAAGUGGCAGCGCUCGUGGGACCGAGCAGAGAUCACCCAGGCCAUGUCCCAGAACUUGCCAGAUCACGAGGAGGGUCUACCCGGCACGGGUGGCUUCCUCGGCUUGCCGGAUGUGCAAGAUGCCGUGGUGAAGAGGCUGUUUGGUCCGUCUGAGAAAGUGGGCGCGGUCUGGCCCGGAUCUGGUCGAGCUACAGGUCGAGAGCAAAGGACGUGA